AGCGCGAUACGAGAGCUGUAAAAGGUAUUUUCCACGACUCGUCUAAUCUGGAUUAAGCGAAUGGACGAAUUCGUUCGCGAUCGCGAUUCUCCGACGUGUUCUAGUUGACUUUUACUUUUUCUUUUUCUCUUUCUUUUUUUUCUAAUAUUACUAGUAUAAAAGAAAAGAGAAAAAUUGACUAUAAGAAAUGAGGAAAUGAAACGAACCCGUUCCCGCAGGUGGUUUACGAGAUGAACGGGUUCGUGGAGGGUGCCACGUUCGAGAGUAUCGUGCAAUACGUGUUGAAGAACAUGAAGAUUACCCAAGCGCGCGCCGGCUACCUGGUAAUGGAGGUUCUCAAAGCGGGAGUCGCUCUAGGAAGGAUCAAGAAGACCCCACGCGGCACUUACGUCCUGACCAACGAUAAAUCCGGCUCCACGCCUAACAUCAGGGAACCGCGAUUCAGCGACGACAGCGAGUACGACGUUUCGUCCCAAGAAAGCUUGUAACUCUUUCGCGUUUCAAACGCUACGUCUCUUUUGUACUCUUUGUUUAUCAAAUAUAUACCUCGAUUAUGGCCCCCAACAAUUCUCGUGAUUAUCCAUCUGCUCGAUCCAACAAUCCUCCUUCGCAUCACCUCUUUUUAAAUCGGUCACCUUUCCCUUCGAUAAAACAAGCGACGAACCCUUUCUCUCUUCUUUUCUUUUCUUUCUCGACACGAUUUUCAACUAUUACGAACGAGACUCGAUCG